UUCUCCAUUGCUGGAAAUUGGCAAGUUCCAAGAUCGAUGAGAGUUUGGUGCUUUUCGCUUCCCGGUAAGAGCCCUUCAUGGCUGCUUCAAUAUCCACAAAUCCUUUUCCCAAAGCGUCUAUCAUACUAUGAUACGUGCGAUCAUCUACCUGCGAUUGCCGCAGCAUGUUUUGGCGCGUUUUGA